UGGCUUGAGGGGAGAGGUGGAGGUACUGGUGUGUGCUGGGUGGAGAGGGAGGAAGUGGUCUGGAAUAAGUAGGCCUAACGUUUGGGCAUAGGCUACAGGGCUGGAUACAAUAUUGAGGAUUAUGGGAAAGCAUAGAACAGGAUUGUGUGAAGGGUGCAUGCUCGGAGAAGGACACUGGAACAUCCCAAAUCCUGCGACCUCGGGUCAUCUGGCACUACUACCGCGACAACACCCUCCUUAAACACGGUGUUGUAAAUCAGCUACGCCACCAUAAAGCUUGUGUGGGCGGUAAUUAUACUAAGGAGUGAGUUUAAUACAUUUAACUCGGCUCCACACGUGUAUUGUGAAGUCUAUCGGUGUCGACAGGGGAUUGAUUGAGGUCAGAGGAGCUGAUGGAGGAGAAUAAUAUAAGGCCGUGACCGACCUCACACUCCAACACAGUAGGUGGCGGUGCAUGCACAUUACAUUAGGAUGCGAUCCGCCAACCAGAACCCAAAGAAGAAGUGGAUCGGUGGGGCUGGGUCUAUGGAGGGUCUUAUUCUUGGGGAGAGCAAAGCUGAAGAGAGAAGCAAUAUCACGGACUCUCAAAUUGAUCAGAUUCAAUUUGAACAUACGAUAAAUAUCCAGAAACACAUACCAUGUCUCAAGUUGAAUAGCUUCUACAGUGGAGUGGGAGAGGUGAACAGCGAAAGAAUAAGACACAUUUUGUCAACGAAUAAGGAGGAGAAUGUGAUUGGCUGGUACAAACAGCGAAGGCACACAUGCCAAAAAAUGACCUUCAGAGAGCAAAUUGUCCACCAGAACUUGAAGAAGACACUGUCCAAUCAUGAGCUGAUUUUCCUGCUUCUCACACCCAGUGAUGUCACAUCAUCAGGCUCUACCCGUCGGCUAGAAUAUGCCGUCUUCAAAUCGCAUGGCAGUCAGUUCCACAACAUUCCUGUCCUAGUCAGCAACCUAGGGUUGUUGGAACAGCAGGACUACUGGAGGAUCUCUACAGCCUGUUCAUCUGUAAACUACAACCGGGCCAUUAAGAAGCAUAGAUCAAGAUUCUUCUCGUCAGAAGGGACUCUGCCCGAGGUGGAUAAGGUCAAUGACAUGAAUGACUCCUUGCAGGUUGAAUUGAAGUCGGCGUGCAGGGAUGUGGAGGAGAGUGAGCGCUUGGUUGAGAAGCUGCUCGCGGACGUUUCUGCCCUCAGGAGGCGAGUCAGGGAAAGGAAACAAGGGCAGAAAGAAGAUGAAGCCUCCCCCAACCCGCAGCCUCAGGAGAAUGUGCUGCUCUGUGAGGCCGUGAAGGCCCUGUUCCCUGGGUCGGGCCUCCUCCAGACACAGGUCCUCAGCCUGCAAGGCUUCCCCCUGCCAGAGUUUUGCUGCAACACAGACCACACCAUAGACAUCGCCUCGACACUGCCGCUGAUCCUUACUCAGAAAUUCCCCAAAGGCCGGAAAGACAAGCAGGGUCAUGUGCGCCUAGCAUGCAGGAAACGUCAUCUACCAGGUUCUUCUCUGGUUCCUAAGAGAAGGAAAGGUGUCCAGGAGGAGACCGAAGACUCUUCAUUGCCACUCAGUGGGUCGGAAACAGAAGAGGAGCUGCCUCCUCAUCAGAACGGAAGCUUAGACGUGUCUGAUUCCCCCAUCUUUUGAGGAUAGCGAUUUGUUCUGAUGCUAAAUCUGCCUCUGUGCCUUGGUUGUUUGUUGUAUGGACUGCACUCUGAUUGCUCAGUAUGGAAGACUGUCUUAUGUAGCUUAUUUUGUUAAAAUCUAACAUGUUCCUAAACUUUUCAAGUUAUUGAAAUAAAAAUUAUUCUGCCCAUUAUAAAUAAGGUAUGUUGUUAUAAGAUUAUUUAAGUAUAUGUAUUUUCCCAUAGUGCUGCCUGCAAUAUGACAGUAAAGACUAACAAGACAGUUCCAGGGUUAACAAAUACUUUAAUAAACAAUUCAUAUGAACAAUUCAGGAUUGGAUUCCAUAAUAUAAGAUGAUUAUUCAAGGUGUCUGAUGUCACAUAUGUUGGGGUCUUUCAUAAACUGGGGGUGCUUGUGGGUAACUGACAUGAAACCUGCGAAGGAAAGCAAAAAACGUGUUUAAAAUGUGCUCAUGAAAACACGAAUUAGGCUAGGCCUAUAUGUUUAAUUCUACUUUGGGAAUGCAAAGCCUAACAAGAAAAAAGGUUCCAUAUUGAUAUGAGGCAUAUUCCCCCAAAAUGCAUGGAAUUUUACAGAGUUGGUGAUAAUGACCAUUUGAAGACAUACCCAUGGAAAUAGAUUUUUUGAUUGCUUUUGAGAUCUCCUUCUGUUUCUUUCCACAUAAACCUGCAGUA